UAAUAAUCUUAACUUUAACACUCUCCUCUUCUAUACUAUCUCUGUUUUUUCUCCCUAAAAAAAAAAACCAGAAAAACGAAAAAUGGGUUCAGCUUCUCUAAUCAAUCCAUCAACGGCGUGUUUGGGAAGCACCAAAUCCGAGCUCUGUGCAGUCACUUCGUUCGUUCCGAAACAGGGAUUUGCGGCUCUGAGGUUUACCAACAGGCCCAGAAAGCUUUUCCCCGGUUCCUCCAUUGUCUGCAAAGCCGUUUCCCUGAAACCACAAACUGAGCUUGAGGGUCUUAACAUUGCCGAAGAUGUUACUCAGCUUAUUGGGAAAACUCCCAUGGUUUACCUGAAUAAUAUUGUGAAGGGAUCUGUUGCAAACAUUGCUGCCAAACUUGAGAUUAUGGAGCCAUGUUGCAGUGUCAAGGACAGAAUAGGUAACAGUAUGAUUACUGAUGCUGAGCAAAAAGGACUUAUAACGCCUGGGAAGAGUAUUCUAGUGGAACCCACAAGUGGAAACACUGGUAUCGGUCUUGCAUUUAUUGCUGCCUCGAAAGGAUAUAAACUCAUAUUAACGAUGCCUGCAUCAAUGAGUAUGGAAAGAAGAGUUCUUUUGAAAGCAUUUGGGGCUGAGCUUAUUCUGACUGAUUCAGCUAAGGGCAUGAAAGGGGCAGUUCAGAAAGCUGAAGAAAUAGUGAAUAGCACACCCAACGCAUAUAUGCUUCAACAAUUUGACAAUCCUGCCAAUCCCAAGGUACACUAUGAGACAACUGGUCCUGAGAUUUGGGAAGACACAAGAGGAAAGGUGGACAUAUUUGUCGGUGGAAUCGGAACUGGAGGAACCAUUACCGGGGUUGGCAAGUUCCUCAAAGAGCAAAAUCCAAAUGUGAAGGUUAUUGGUAUAGAACCCACUGAAAGCAACAUAUUAUCUGGGGGAAAACCUGGUCCUCACAAGAUUCAAGGAAUUGGCGCUGGAUUUAUACCUAGGAAUCUCGAUCAAGAUGUCAUUGAUGAAAUAAUAGAGAUAUCCAGUGAUGAAGCUGUUGAAACUGCCAAGCAAUUAGCACUCCAAGAGGGCUUGUUGGUUGGAAUUUCUUCUGGAGCAGCAGCAGCUGCUGCAAUCAAGGUUGGAAAGAGACCUGAAAAUGCCGGGAAGCUAAUAGCUGUGGUGUUUCCAAGUUUUGGCGAACGAUAUCUGUCCUCUGUUCUUUUCCAAUCAAUUCGAGAAGAAUGUGAGAAGAUGCAACCUGAGGCAUGAUGGUGAUAUGAUGAGGAGCUUCAUAAGUUAUUAUUCUCAUUUUCCUUGUAUAUUUAAUUUCUUAGCUUUUCUUAAUAUUUUUUUCUUCUUCCAAUAAUUGGAGAUUGCGGUGACUAGAAGAGAGUUUUGGACUUUUACAGCAUUUCAUAAUUUGAGUAUGAAAUGGUAUUGAAUUUUCAAAGACAGAAGUUUGUCAUAGCUUAGCAUAUGGACUGUGAAAGAAUAAAGCCAAAUUCUUAAUAAUGACAUUAUUAUUAUUAUUAUUAUUAUUAUUA